AUGGAUAUCACCAUUAACGGAGAGAAAGAGAGUAUGGAUGAAGCUCAAUCUCAAGCUCCUUCCAGUGACCGUCCAAUGCUUUGGACUAUAUGUGCGUUCUGUUGCGCCAGAUACAAAUCAUACAUAAGCCUUCUCAACAAACCGACCCGGUGUCAAUCUUGCUACUUGGAAUUCUUUUCGGGCAAAACCAUUGGCACGACAGGAAACAAGGCAAAUCAGACAACUCUGUCGUCUACUACCAUGGAGCAACUCGGUUACAUCGACACCCAAGAACAAGCCUCAGCCGCAAAAAGAUCAACCUCAGAGAGUUCCAAGGUUUUUGACUAG